AUGACAGGGAGAUUCGCGAUGCUUGUCCAGGGGGAGGAAGCCGGGAAGAGUUAUGCAGCUCUCGACGGCGAGAUGAUUCAGCCUGAAGCUUCCGGCAACGAGAGAAUUGCUCUUGACCUCAUGUUUCGCGCAGAUGAUAUCAGCGGUCAAUGCACGCAGAGCAAUGGCCAUUUUGUGUACCCAUCCACAAACUCGCGAGUUCCUGCGUCACACCUUUUUGUUCGUGUUCGGUCGGCAUUACGGCGCUUUCAAACCUCCGGGUUGCAUCCCGAAGCGUCACGUGCUGCACUAGCACCAAAACGGAUAUCGCAACCACACGAGGGAUUGACAACCCCGUUCACCAGACUAUCGCAAACUCAAGGUCGACGAGUUGCUGCGAACAAAAAUCCAGUCAAGAUGCCGAGCCAAAAGUCCUUCCGCACCAAGCAGAAGCUUGCCAAAGCCCAGAAGCAGAAUCGUCCUAUUCCUCAAUGGAUUCGAUUGAGAACUGGCAACACCAUCAGAUACAACGCCAAGAGAAGACACUGGCGCAAGACCCGUCUCGGUAUCUAA